CUAGCUGGGCAAAAUGUUCCACCGCCCGGGUCUGGUAACUGGCGGGAUAUCAAAGACUGGCACAUCGGGCUGGACUCCGGGCAGCGGCACAUUGGGCUGGACUCCGGGGGCAGCGGCACAUCGGGCUGGACUCUGGACAGCGGCACAUCGGGCUGGACUCCGGGCAGCGGCACAUCGGGCUGACUCCGGGCAGAGGCACAUCGAGCUGGACUCCGGGCAGAGGCACAUCGAGCUGGACUCCGGGCAGAGGCACAUCGAGCUGGACUCCGGGCAGGGCAGAGGCACAUCGGGCUGGACACCGGAUCACCAGGCAGAGCAGCAGGCACCGGGCCACCAGGCGGAGCAGCAGGCACCGGGCCACCAGGCGGAGCAGCAGGCACCGGGCCACCAGCGGGCACCGGGUCAUCUGGCGUUGGAUCGUCUGGCUCGACAGCGGGCAUCGGGUCACCAGGCAUGACAGCGGGCACUGGGUCAUCAGGUACCGGAUCGUCUGGAUCGACAGCGGGCAUCGAGUGAACUGGCCUAAUAGGAUCAUCAGAGGCAUCAGGCUGAAUGGAGGCAUCAGGCUGAAUGGAGGCAUCAGGCUGGGUAGAGGCAUCAGGCUGGGUAGAGGCAUCAGGCUGAAUUGUGGGUGCCGAGGCACCAGGCUGCAGCACGGAAGGCAGGUUCUCAGAUGGGAGGCUGACCGGUUUGGAUACUGGCAGGAUGGUAUUGGUUGGAAAGAACUUUCGCCUUUUCCUGGUUUUAGUUACCGG